GAGUGUGUGCUUGUGCUCAGACUUCGAGACACGUUUAUGUGUACUGGACGUUGCUGGGGCUAUUUAAUACUGGUCUCCAGAGGCUUUAAAACUACAUUACUACUCACUAAAAAAGUAAAACCAGGAGUUUGUUCUGUCUGUGCUCACUGUUAAGUUGCAUUCAGGCGGUUUUGGACUAGAGUCUGUUGAAUAAUUCAGCAGAGCUGCAGUAUCUCCAGGCAGGACAGCUUGCUGAGGUGCGCUCACCUGAUGGACUAAAAGGUUCCCGGUUUCAGUGAUUAAACCGUGUUUACUUGUGCAGUUCUCAACGCCGCAAUGUUGGACUCCUCCGUCAAGAAUAAGAGUGGAAUGGUGACCAAAAUCCACACACGAAUCCGCACAGAGCCGUUUAAGACCAACUACGACCUCGUCGGCAAAGAGCUCGGCAGAGGGAAGUUUGCCGUGGUGAAGAAGUGUGUGGAAAAGGCCACACACAAGGAGUACGCCGCCAAGUUCCUGCGCAAACGGAGGAAGGGUGAGGACUGCCGUGCUGACAUCCUGAACGAGAUCGCCGUGCUCGAGGCGGCCAAGGCCAACCCUUACGUAGUGGGGCUGCACGAGGUGUACGAGACCAGCACUGAGAUCAUCCUGGUGCUUGAAUAUGCUGCCGGAGGAGAAAUCUUCAAUCAGUGCGUGGCCGAUAAUGACGAGGCCUUCACAGAAAAAGACAUCAUCCGUUUGGCCCGGCAGAUUCUAACAGGCGUAGCUUUCCUUCAUCGCAACAGUGUCGUUCACUUAGACCUGAAGCCUCAGAACAUUCUGCUAACCAGCGCCCAGCCACUUGGGGACAUCAGGAUCGUAGAUUUCGGUCUGUCUCGGCACGUGGACGACACGGCAGAACUGCGUGAGAUCUUGGGAACUCCAGAGUACGUAGCUCCUGAGAUUCUGAGCUACGAGCCAAUCAGCACGGCUGCAGACAUGUGGAGCAUCGGUGUGUUGACAUACGUGAUGUUGACGGGCGAGUCUCCUUUCCUGGGCGAGGAAACACAGGAGACGUACCUGAACAUCUCCCAGUGCAAUGUGGACUACCCACAAGGCAGGAUCUCAAGCCUCGCCAAGGACUUCAUCACAUCGCUGCUCCAGGUAGAACCCAGAAAUCGAUCCACAGCAGACGAGUGCCUGCGUCACCCCUGGUUAAACCCAGACUCUCACACCCCCACCGCUGCUUCUACCACCACCACGCUUGACGAGCAGGAAACCAGCCAAUCAGAAUCCGAGCCAGAGAGUCCCGAUUCAUCUCCUGAGCAUCCCGACAUCCCGUCGUAUCCCACGUACCCCGGACAAGGGGAUCUGAAAACGGGCCGGGACACUUUCACUUUCACAGAGUCGUUCCCUACUCGUCCUGAAAUGCAGCAGGAGCUGAUCUGUUAGAGUGACGGCCAUGCCGUCCAAUCAGAAGGGAGCUCAGUUUGUCAGCGAUGUUAAGAAAAGACACUGGUGUGAGCUGGUCCGCUCAGGUGUUUUUGGCCCCAGUUGUGUGCCCAUUGGCGUGUGUGUGUGUGUGUGAUUUUAGGUAUGCACUUAUGACUGCAGCUAGUAAGAAGUGCCCUUUAACAAGCCCUUAAGAAGCCUAUGGUAAUUGCAAAUUGUUAAUAAAAUGUAUUUUAAUUAAUCAAAUAAAAAUAGGUUUCUCUCUGUGCGCACACAUUCACACACGCACACUCACACACGCGCACACGCACAUCAGUGUAAAUAGAAGCUUCUGUGAUUACUGAGUGUCUUUUAGUCUGCUGGUUGGAAUUGAAUUGUGGGUAAUCCUUAUCCGGAGAGCUGAACUCUCAACACCAGUGAAUGCUCAUGAGGUCAAAGACAACAGAUGGACAUUUGUUAAGAUGGACACUCCAUCUGCUCUAAGAUGAAUGCUGUGGGGUGUGCUUGGAGACUGUCUUCACCAGUGGAUCGUUGGAUCAGGUCCUCUUUUAGGACACUUCAAACUUGGGAAUAGUAGCUUCUUUUUUUUUUUUUUUUUUUUAAAGCACUUUUGGAACAAAAAAAAAAACUGAAAAGGCAAAUGUGCCAAAGACUUUGGUUCAGAUAAGCACAGUUUAGAGUUUAGAGUUAAUGUCCACACAUGUGCGUGUCCACACUCCAUCACUGUAACCUCUGUGUGUAUCACCGUCUCCACCACGUGCCACAAACACCGACUUUUUCUGUUCCAUAGAUUCAAGAACGUUUUGCUGCGGUUGCACAAGUUUUAUGUAUAGUUCUUACGUUUUCCAGGCCAUUAUUUUUCCUCUUUUCUUUCUAUCUUUAUUUUUUUAUGUAAAAAUCUUCAUGCUCUUUAGAGAGCAAAAUUGGCAUUCUCAAAAGAUACGGUUACAUCGCCUUGAUCUGUAAAAUGUCUGUCUGUCUGUCUGUCUGGGUGGGGAAGCAUUUUGGUUUGAUUUGGUAUAGUGACUUUCAAGUGACUCAGCGGUCAUUGGCUAAUUCAGAAAACGUCUGGGGUUUGUGGGAGACGAAUACAUUUUGAGGAGUGUAUAUAUUAAAAAGAAUUGUGUUUUAAGAGAAUAUUGUGUAAAAUAAGUAUUUUUCUAUUUUCCAUUGUGUUUGAUAAUAUUGAAUAUGUAAGAAAAUAUAAAGAUUGUCUUAAUUUAGGAUUUUAUGUUUCCUAUAUGCUUGUGGCAGGUUUGCACUUGUGUCCACUGGACCAUCUCUUGAUGAGUUCGAUAUUAUUUGCAUUGCUGGCAAAGAAUUGAAGAAUAAUAAAUGUGCAUUUUGUAUUAAAA